AGUAUUCAAUACAGCUGGGCAACGACGACCCGAAGAAUCAGAUUGGGCAAUAUUUUCUGUCUAGAUCGUGACUGCUAAAUUCCGGACUCUUGCCGGUGUAACGCAACACCGAAGACAAAGAGCUACCUAGGUAAGGUACCAAGGGAUGGUGGCGGCCGAUCUCGGCACCGCGGGGUUCAUUUCGGAGAUCGUAGCAAUUAGACGCGGGGCAGCUCCGGUCAACUUUUUCGUUUGUUUGCUAAUUAAUUCAAGGCAAGAACAACGAAGAGAACUAACUAAUCUUUUCAUUUCAAUUUCAAUACAAAUAACUUUAACUUGCCUACCUCUAAACUCUAUUGUUCUUUACAAUUCAACUUGCAAAUACUCUCAAUUCAUACAAUUCCCCUGUCAAUUGAUUCUUAAAGAUGGCAACCCAUAACAUUGUAGUCUUCGGCGGAGAUCACAGCGGACCCGAGGUUGUCGCCGAGGCUGUCAAGGUCAUCAAAGCAGUCGAAUCCUCCAGACCCUCCGCCGGCAAGUUCAACCUGCAGGAACACCUAUUAGGCGGCUGCUCCAUCAACGCCCACGGCACCCCUCUAACCGACGCCGCCCUCGAAGCCGCCAAAUCCGCCGAUGCCGUCCUCCUCGGCGCAAUCGGUGGUCCCGAAUGGGGCACCGGCGCCGUGCGUCCGGAACAAGGUAUCCUGAAGCUCCGCAAGGAAAUGCAAACCUACGGUAACCUACGUCCGUGUUUCUUCCCCUCGGACUCGCUCGUCGACUACUCCCCCCUAAAAUCCGAAGUCUGCCGUGGUACCAAUUUUACCGUCGUUCGUGAAUUGACUGGUGGUAUAUACUUUGGCGAGAGGAAGGAAGCAGAUGGUAGUGGGAAGGAGAGUGAAGCGGCUUGGGAUACGGAGUUAUACUCUCGACCGGAGAUUGAGAGGAUUACGAGAUUGGCGGCGCAUUUGGCGCUUGCUAGUGACCCGCCCGCGCCGGUUUGGAGUCUGGAUAAGGCGAAUGUGCUUGCGUCGAGUCGGUUGUGGAGAAGGGUUGUUACCGAGACGAUGCAGAAGGAGUUUCCCCAGUUGAAGUUGCAGCACCAGCUCAUUGAUAGCGCGGCUAUGAUUAUGGUGAAGAAUCCCCGUGGUUUGAAUGGUGUGGUUGUGACUAGCAAUUUGUUUGGCGAUAUUGUUAGUGAUGAGGCGAGUGUUAUCCCUGGAAGUAUUGGGUUGAGUCCUAGUGCUAGUUUGAGUGGGAUUCCGGAUGGGAAGUCCAGGUGCAAUGGUAUCUAUGAGCCUAUUCACGGCUCGGCACCUGAUAUCUCGGGUAAGGGUAUCGUUAACCCUAUCGGAACUAUCCUUUCCGUCGCUAUGAUGUUCCGAUACUCGCUUGCGUUGCCGAAGGAGGCUGAUGCUAUCGAGGCCGCGGUGAAGAACGUCAUUGACGGUGGUGUCCGGACAAAGGACCUCGGUGGUGAUGUCGGUACCAAGGAAGUCGGUGAUGCUAUCGUUGCGGAGUUGACAAAAAUCCUUAAGCAGUAGAUAGCUUCUCGCUUCGGGAUACUAGGUACCUAGAAAUCCUAGGGUGAGGCUAAGGGGUUAAAAUGGCGUGGGUUAACUGGCUACGUUUGAGGAAAAUCUGGUAGGGCAUAUAAAAAAGGUCCACACGAAUGAUCUCGCUAUAGUGAGCAAUUCAAAUGAGAA